AUGCCCCAGGGGACAGAUGUCUUGGGAUCUUUAACAUUUGGGAUGCUGCAAAUGCCUAAGUUAAAUGAAAUACCUCUGGGGAGGGAAGGCCGGGGGGAGACGCGGGGAGAGCGAGGGUGGCCAGGACCAACAGGUCCUGAAGCUGCGAGGCAGGCGCGGAGGCAGCCGGGAGGCACCAGAGCUCCAUGGGACAGCUGGGGAAGCACCGAGCUACCUACACAUCCUGGCCCAGGCUGGGACCCUUGCUGCCCCUCCCUCUUCUGUGCCCCCUCCUCCCAGAAAUCCACUAUGGAGAGUAAGGAUGAGGUCAGCGACACCGACAGUGGCAUCAUCCUGCAGUCUGGCCCAGACAGCCCAGUGUCCCCGAUGAAGGAGCUGACCCAUGCUGUGCGCAAGCAGCAGAAGGCCUUGGAGGCCCGGCUGGAGGCCUGCCUCGAGGAGCUUCGGAGACUCUGCCUAAGGGAGGCGGAGUUGACAGGCGCCUUGCCAGCAGAGUAUCCCCUCAAGCCAGGGGAAAAGGCCCCCAGGGUCCACCGUAGGAUUGGAGCAGCUUACAAGCUCGAUGAGUGGGCCCUGCACAGAGAGGACCCCCUGAGCAGCCUGGAGCGCCAGCUGGCCCUGCAGCUCCAGAUCACCGAGGCAGCCCGGCGGCUGUGCGCGGAGCAGAACCUCAGCCGGCAGGUGCGUCGGCAGCGGAAGCACGCAGCCCUGCAGGAGGAGAAGAAGCUGCGGGAGCUGCAGCGCUGCCUGGGCGAGCGGCGCCGCAACAGCGAGCCCCUGCCCCCCACCGCGCACUCUCUGGGCCGAGAGCUCAGUGCCUCGGAUGACAGCUCCCUGUCUGAUGGGCUACUCCUGGAGGAAGAGGACUCACAAGUGCCAAAACCUCCCCCAGAGUCCCCGGCCCCACCUUCCCGGGCUCUCCCACCCCAGAGCCUUGAGGGGCUGCAGCCAGCAGGACCUGAGCCUGGGGGCCUGGAUCGGGCCCCAAUCCAGAACAGUCCUUGGAAGGAGACCAGCCUUGACCACCCCUAUGAGAGGCCAAGGAAGUCUUCUGAGCCCAAUAGCGAGUCCAGCAGCCCGGCCACCACACCGCAGGAUGGACCCAGUAACUCCAGCCUGUGGCUGCUGGAGCCUGCCUCCUACCACAUGGUUCCCAUCCGCAGUGUUCCUGGCCAGCGGCAGGGCCGCACAAGUGCCCCAGCCACCCCUGAGAUGCAGGGCAGGAGGGGCCAGUCACAGUCUUUGAGAGUGGACUCCUUCCGUGUGGGUGCAGAAGGCCGAGGCCGCAGCGCCUUUCCCCGCCGCCGCCCCACGCACUACACGGUGACAGUCCCCGACUCCUGCUUCCCUGCGAGCAAGCCCCCGCUGCCCCACCCUGCCUGUCACUCCUGCUCGGAAGACAGCGGCUCCGAUGUCUCCAGCAUCUCCCACCCCACCUCGCCCGGCAGCAGCAGCCCUGACAUCUCCUUCCUGCGGCCUCCCUGUCCACCUGAGCCACCUCGCCACCGUGGGGCCUGGGGUCCAGCCUGCGGCUGGGAGCUGACCACCUACUAUCCCAAGCUGCUGAUGCCUGCUGGGUACUUCCCGGCAGGGCGGUACGUGGUGGUGACUGAGAGCCACCUGCCACCUGGCGAGUGGGAGCUGUGCCGGGCGCGGGGUCCCGCCUACGAGGAGGAGGGCGCGCCCCUGCGCUACCAGCGGCUGGUGCCCUCGCACAGCCGCAUCGUGCGGACGCCCUCCCUGAAGGACAGCCCCGCGGGCCGGGCGCUCAGCAAGGCCGCCGUCUCCGAGGAGCUCAAGUGGUGGCACGAGCGAGCCCGUCUCCGGAGCAGCCGUCCCCACUCGCUUGAUCGCCAAGGGGCUUUCCGUGUCAGGAGCCUGCCCCUUGGGAGAGAGGGCUUCGGGAGAGCUCCGGGCCCCCGACCGCAGGUACCCACAGUGUGUGUGCUCCGGAGAUCACCUGAGGGGACCCCUGUGCAAGUCUUUGUUCCUGAGAACGGGGAAAUCAUCAGCCAGGUUUAACUGUGCCUCUGCCACCGCUGGAAAAGACUGUUUCCUAGUGGGACUGGGGCUGAGACCCCUCACCUUUUGAGUGCUUCCUUCAGCUCCCUCACCCCAUCGCAGGCCGAUGACCUGGAGCUGAAACUUUUUUU